AUGGCUGCCAGUUUAUCUGAGCUCCCAAGUAUCGCCGAAAUCGAAGCCUCAACCGACCUCCUCAGCGACCCCUGCCGAUCCGUCAAGGUCGUCCGCGUAAGAGAGCGCUUCGCCGUGAAAGUAGGCCUCACCAUCGCGCCGCUCGAAGCCGAGAACAGGAAGUUUGUGGCUGCGAAUACCAACAUCCUAGUUCCAAAAGUCCACGCUGAUUUCAUCGAUCCCGAUACCCGAAAACGGUACAUCAUCAUGGAUCAUCUCCCCGGCACCGAUCUGGAGAAGUUAGCGCCAUCCCUUUCGGAAGCCCAGAAGAAAACAGUGGGAAAACGCAUUCGAGAAGCACUAGACGAGGUGCGACGGAUUCCUUCCCCGGGUUACUUGGGGAACUUGAACCGUAUGCCUUACUACGAGGGUGUGCUGUCUACCCUUGAUAAUGACCCGAGAAUAUCAGGGCCGUUUGAGAACGAAGAUCAAUUCAACAAAGGCCUCUUGAAAGCCCUAGGGCAAAGGGAGUCGCCGCAUUACGUUCGUUUACUCACUGCACCCAUCCAACAUACGCUCAGUGGACACAAAACGGUCUUCGUCCAUGGGGAUCUCCAACCGAAAAAUGUGAUUGUUGAACAACACGGAGCGUGCGAGGAUGGAAGUCCAGAUUAUCGGAUUACACUGAUUGACUGGAGCAUGGCGGGAUGGUAUCCUGAAUACUGGGACUACUGCAAUUCAACGGUCUACUGCCAAGCAAGACCCGCGUGGCUUGAACUGGUCCCGCAUAUCUUCGAUGAGUAUCCAUUGGAGUACCUCAUGAUGCGGAUUUUCUACACGUCGAUGUUCUACUGA